AUGCCACCGGCUUUAUUCUCACUCAUUCUGAUUGCCGUACAUGUGUCUGUAACGGUGGAUUGUACAAUGAGGCUCCAGGACCCAGAGCAACUUUUACAACACCAGCAGAGCCACUUCAACACGGGAGCACAUGCGGAUACAUCCCCUGGUACGGGACGUUUCUACUUGGAGCUGAGUGGAUCAAUGAGAAAAGGCAUUCACAGACACUUUCUGGUUAUUUUACCAGUAAGAACAGAUACAAGCAACUCUGUGUCAAUAUUUGAUUUGAGAAGAAAACUGUUCCUCUGUAUGGACUUAAAGGGAGAGCUGUACAACUCUAGACAAAAAGACAGAGAAGAUUGUCUCUUCCAGCGCAUUUGGUUAGAUCUGGCGAACCACCAUGACAUGUUUUACUCUAUGAGUGGGGGCUGGCUGCUCAAGCUGGAGGGAGCUGAGUUGCGAGUUGCUCACCAGGAGCCACCUGAACCCUCCUCAGCCCUGGUGGAGAAGUUCCUGGGUCACUUGGUAAAGAGACAGAGGAGGAGUGAGGACGUGAACCCCUCUGAUCCAUUAAGAUCAGAAUCACAUCCCUCACAUUCUGCCAAGGAUCACAAAGAUGCAGAUCAUGGGCAGCCUGAACAGGACCAGGCCGGCGCUGUGUCCAAAGAAACCAUCACCUCCUGUGAUGACCCCCUGCGGGUCUUACAGCUCAACGGGCCUGUCAGUCCUGUCAAGACUAAUAUAGCAGACCGGGCAGAACAAGACUAAGAUACUGAACUUGGGUUUAAGGAGUAAGAAGUCAAGAGGGGCUGCAAGUAUUUAUGUUUGUUCUGAAAGCUCACUUAAUGUUUGACUGCAUAGUGGGAGCAGAUACUUCUAGACACCUUGUCCUGCAUUUGUGGACUGCAGUAUCAGUGAGAGCCACAGAAUGACUUACAAAGGCCUGGCAGAGUCACACUGACACUAGAGUGUUAUUUUUUGAGGCCACACGAAAGCAUUAAAUAUUUGACAACUUCUGAGAAUAGAGAUAUUUUUAUAAAAAUCAAAUUUUUCAAAAUAUGUUUUUAUGGAACUACUAUGCUUUUUAAUGUACUCAUAAACCGUGUUACAUCACAGCAGCUCUUCUGUUUGAAUAGCAGAUGAAGGAUACGUUUGGCAACAUUCGACAUAAUCAUGCAGCAAGUUUGGACCAGCGAGCUGCUAUCCUUUAACCUCUUUUGUCAGUUAAAUUUUAAACAGAUGUGGCAAUGUUUGUUUUGCAUAUGUAAAAAUAUGUAAUCUGUAAGUAAUUAUGAAUAUUUAUACAUAUAUUAGUUGAUACAGUAAUGCUUCAUAACAUGUGUUUAAAAACUAAACAAAAGUCCAGCAGUGCAUCCUGUUGUAACUGAAAAAAAAUCCCCUGCCAUUUGCAGCCAUUCAUAAAUAGGAUCAAAUUACGUCAGGUGCUGGACACCAAUAGCCACAGCAAUGAAAAGGUAUUUAUUUAUUGAAAUGUAUUAAAUGACUUCCUGCCUAGCCUACUGUUUUAUUAUUUAUAUAUUUCAUCUUGUGUUAUUUCUGAUGUGGAAAAAUAAACAGUAACUACUC